AUGCCGCCAAAAGCAGCACCAAGCAAGAAGCGCGGUCGCCCGCGCAAAGAAGACUCCGACGUCUCAUCCAAGAAGCCCCGGCUCGCUGGCAGGCAACCUCUCACCAAAUCGCAAGAUGUACCGAAUCCGGACGAAAAUCGGCAGAAUGGCAAGGAAAAGGGCAAGGACGAUGUGUAUGACUUCCAUGACCCGGAUGAAACGCCGGCCACACGAACUCCAUCGAAGGCCCAGCCCAAGUUGAAGGGCAUCCUCACUCCUAGCAGGAGGCAUAGUGAGCGAGCCCCCAAGAGUGUGGCCUUUGACAAACCCAAAAAUGGAGAGGUCUUCUUCGAGGACAAAUCAGCAAAGACAGCCAAAUCGGCUCGCAAGGUCCCCACGAAAGCUCCAGAGGAGCCCGAUGAUGAACCAGCCGAGGAACCAGUCGAAGAGUCAGAUGAUGAAGACGAUGAGGUUUGCGCUCUCUGCAGCAAGCCGGAUUCUAAAACCGGAAACCAGAUACUCUUUUGCGACGGCUGUGAUCUAGCUGUACAUCAAAAGUGCGGUGUACCCAGAAUCCCACGAGGAGAUUGGCUGUGCAAAGACUGCUCCCAAGCCCCGCCCAGCACAGCAGAGAGCGGCUCGAAGGUCAAGGACCAGAGAACCCCGGAAGCAACCGUUGAGGCCGCGCCCGAGAUUCCGAACUUUGAGCAGCAUUUGAGUUCUUUGAAGCGCGUUCUGUUGGAUCGAUGCACCGGGAGGCGCCGGAUGAAGCUGCAGGACCAGGAUGAGGCAUACGAGAAGACGUUUCAGCUUGUCCAGCAGACCGUCCUGGCUGGCGAGGGCAACUCGAUGCUCGUCAUCGGUGCUAGAGGAUGCGGGAAAACAACGAUGGUCGAAUCGGUCCUGUCCGACCUUGGCCUGGAGCAUCGCGAUCAGUUUCACGUCGUGCGGCUCAAUGGGUUCAUCCACACGGACGACAAAUUGGCAUUGAAAGACAUAUGGCGGCAGCUGGGCAAGGAAAUGGAAGUCGAGGACGACCUCAUCGGCAAGACAAACAACUACGCGGACACGCUAGCAUCGUUGCUCGCACUUCUAUCUCAUCCUUCCGAGAUUGCAGAAUCUCAAGAAGGGGUCACAUCAAAAUCCGUGGUCUUCAUAAUCGACGAAUUCGACCUCUUCGCUACUCACGCCCGUCAAACACUACUUUACAACCUUUUUGAUAUAGCUCAGGCGAGGAAAGCACCCAUUGCUGUACUAGGCCUCACCAACAGAAUUGACGUGGUGGAGAGCCUCGAGAAGCGUGUCAAGAGUCGGUUCAGCCAUCGCUACGUCUAUCUGUCACUUCCGAAGACACUGCCUUCGUACUGGGCGGUGUGCAAACAAGGCCUCAUGGUCGAGGACGAGGAUGCCAAGGCAGAGGGAUUACCGGUGACUCUGCAGGGUUUCACCAAAUUCCAGGAAUACUGGACCAAAAGCAUCGAGGCACUCUAUAAGGACCAGGCAUUCAAGGAUCACCUCGAGUACCACUACUAUAGCACCAAGUCUGUGCCGGCCUUCCUCAAUAGUUGCGUGCUCCCUUUGGCAGCACUCACGCCGUCCAGCCCCUCCCUGCGAUUCACGCCUGGAUCGGGCUCGUCUGUCGACCCGCCUGACUCCAAGCUCUACCUCCUGGAGUCUCUCUCAGACCUUGACUUGUCCCUCCUCAUAUCGGCGGCACGUCUCGACAUUGUCGCUCACACAGACACGGUGAACUUCGCAAUGGCCUACGAUGAGUAUACGACGUUGAUAGGAAGGCAGCGGGUGCAGAGCGCCACCUCGGGCAUGUUGGCGCUCGGGGGAGGAGUGCGUGUCUGGGGCCGAGGCGUCGCCGAGAUAUGUUGGGAACGACUUGUAUCACUAGGACUGCUCCUGCCAACCGGCAUCGGCGGCCGGAUGUGCAAGGUUGACGUGACCCUGGAGGAGAUUCCCACGGCCGUCAAGCUGAAUGCGAUACUCUCUAGGUGGUGCAAGGAAUUGUAA